AUGACCGCCCGCUUCAAACCCCACAGUACCUGUCCUUCCAAAUACAAAACUAAGGAUGGAGAAUGUUCUGUGGUAGAUCAUGUAGAAGAUUUGCGCGUUGGGUUCACUGAGGCAAUGAAUCCUUGUUCAGAAGUUCUUUCGGAUAGACCUUCCCUGAAGAAAACCACAUCUUCGAUCUCUGCGAACUCAGGAAACAGGCCACCUGCACCUGCAUUCAUAGGUCAUGAUGUCUCACCAUUUGUUGAGGUUGAAAGGCAUACAGGCGUUGGAAAAUGCGACUCUAUCAUGGCAGAUGUCUGUUCUAUACAUGCUACACAUCCUGGCAAGCUCGAAGGAAAUUUGCCAUCUACCCUGAACGCUCAAGCUACCCCCCUAUUAUCUCACACGGAUCACGACAUUGAUCAAAAUAGGGUCCGAACCCCACCAACAAGCGUUCUACCUAGAGAGCCAUUGCCUAACGCGAUUUAUGUCUCAAAAUCAACCCAGUCUCAUGAUUUUCCAAUGGCUAGCGGCCGAAAUUUGAAACGAUUAGAAGACGAGGUGCACCAAAGUUAUGAAGAGCUUCGAACACUGAAGAAGGAGAUAGUCGACCUAAAGGAACACGAGUCAGAACUCCAGCAGAGAAGUCAGCAGGACAGAAAAGAAUGCAAUCAAGCUGUACUAGCCCUCCAAGAGAUGGCCUUCAAGUCAUCGAGAGCGGAGACAUGGCUCCCUGUCGACCAUGAUGCCGUUGCCCAUGAAAUUUUCGUAUUCCAGGCGGAAAUGAGCAAAUGGGUACGGAGUGCAACCAGUGACGACUCUCGGCUUGAUGAUUUAUCUGAAUUAUUUCAAGGAGAAUAUCAGGCCAAAGAUGCAUUGAGGGAAGAGCUAUCGAAAGUGAUGGUCUUCAAAAACGAUGUACUCCCUGAGGGACUACCUCAGAAACGGGCUAAAAAAUUCUUGCUCGAAGCCCUUCUUGCUCACCAUCUUUUCACGGAUGUUUUCUCGUCGCCAUUCUCUUUUCUCGGAGAUGAAUCAACGAGCUUGGAUUUUAUUUAUGAGAAGGGAUUGUCAUGUAUGCAUGUUUACUCUAUAUUAGACGAGCAAGCUAACAAGUGUAGGGAAUAUUGCAGAUGCCAUAGAUGGCGCUCUGAUACAAUGAGGCUAUUGUCCCCGGAGGCUUCGAAAAAUGACAAAGCUGAGGCUGUCAGACUCAAGAUACCACCUUUACUUAAUGAUAGAGCAAACAUUCAAGCAGAGAGUUUCUUCAACAGCCCGGCUCGGUGCUUCUUCGUUGAAACCCCAGAACUAACGGCCAGGCUUCAAAAGAUCUACCAGAAGGCCGCUGGUCUAGCCUACCAUAUCUGGACUCGACGAUCAAUGCUCAAAAUAGUCACGCGCAAGGAUUUGAACUCUUUCUUCCACAUCGAUGACAUCCAGAUGGCUCUCCACGUUAGCGUGCAAGAAGAUAUCGAAAAUACGCUAACAGGCGAACCUAUCAGUUUGGUAUUGUACCCCGGUGUUGUGGCAUAUGGCUUGAACGACUGUGUAGAUUAUGAAACUCCACGACCAUGGAUGCCAGCGAAAGUUUGGUUGCACAAGCCUUUGUCAGAAAAGCCGCAAGUACCAGUUGGGGAGGAUUCGGAGAUAAAAUGA